UGUGAGGUCUUUAGUCUCAUUCUAAUGAAAACUACUAAUAACCGCUAUUUCCAAAACGCAUUUUUCGCGUAGCACCCAGCAACUCCUGAAAUCGUGAUGGGAAUUACACUUUCGCAACUUUUUCUGAUUUGCUUUGUUCUUUCUUUCGCCGGGUGGCCAGCAAUUACAGUUUCAGGCCUACCUUACAGGCUGGCGGGCUGCUCGGAUAAAGUUCCUUUCAGAAAGGUGUUCGGCUCACAGAAAAUCCUGUGUGGAUUGACCUGGGAAGAUCACAGUAAGGACCAAAUUCAAGAUGUGUACAAAAGAUUCUUGUUUCAUUACUCCAAAUCCCAGGACUCGCAUCACUCAGUAAAUAGUGAGUCUCAGUCAGCACAUCCUCUGCUGCGCCUGUCUCCCAAACUGAGGAGGAAGAAGCAGUUCAUCCUAAUGCAGCCCAGCAUCCUCUCAGACGAGCAAUGAACAGCAGCUGCCAGGACAGCAGCUGAUCCCCCCCCCAUCCCCUCUACUUCAGAAGACUUUGGACAUGUUAUCAGUUAUUGUAUUAUUAAAUGUUGUACUUUUUGAAACAAAAUGCAUCAAAUGAAAAUAAAUGUCUAAAAAGUGAUUACAAAAUUGAUAGCCGUGCAGCAUGUGUGUGUUUGUGAAGUGCCCCCCGCCUCUGCCGCCGCCCCCCCAUCUCUGUGGAGCUGCAGGGGUGAGGUUUGCUGAAAA